GACCUGGGCUGCAUCUCCACCACUCUCCCCAAAGCCAUGGCCAAUGCCCUCUGGCACACCAGGGCCAUCUCCUACGCAGGAUGUGCUGCACAGGUCUUUUUCUUUCUCUUCUUCAUCUCAGCAGAGUAUUGCAUUCUCACCAUCAUGUCCUAUGACCGCUACGUUGCCAUCUGCAAGCCCCUGCACUACGGGACCCUGCUGGGCAGCAGAGCUUGUGCCACCAUGGCAGCAGCUGCCUGGGGCACCGGGGUUCUCUAUUCCCUGCUGCACACUGCCAAUACAUUUUCCCUGCCUCUGUGCCAAGGCAAUGCUGUGGAUCAGUUCUUCUGUGAAAUCCCCCAGAUCCUCAAGCUCUCCUGCUCAGACUCCUACCUCAGGGAAGUUGGGUUUAUUGUGCUUAGUAUUCUUGCCAUAUUUGGGUGUUUUGUCUUCAUUGUUGUGUCCUACAUGCAGAUCUUCAGGGCUGUGCUGAGGAUGCCCUCUGAGCAGGGACGGCACAAAGCCUUCUCCACGUGCCUCCCUCACCUGGCCGUGCUCUCCCUCUUAGUCAGCACUGUAGUGUUUGCAUACCUGAAGCCAUCCUCUAUUUCCUCCCCAUCCCUGGACCUGGUGGUGUCAUUUCUGUACUCAGUGGUGCCUCCAGCUGUGAACCCCCUCAUCUAUAGCAUGAGGAACCAGAAGCUCAAAGUCACAUUGGGGAAACUGAUGUCAUGGAUGCCUCAUUAACAAUAAACUUCUUAUC